AUGCCAAUAAAGAAGCGUUAUCUGAAGGAAGGACACCGUGGUACUUACACAGGGAUUGAGCUGAUAUUCUCUCUCUUCCAAUCGGUGGUGAAGACGGGACGGCUGCUCAUCAGUCAUGAGGCUCCGGUGACCGGAGGAUUCGCAGCCGAGAUCAGCUCUACGGUUCAGGAGGAGUGUUUCCUCAACUUUGAGGCUCCCUUCAGCAGGGUUUGUGGGUAUGAUACACCCUUCCCUCACAUCUUUGAGCCUUUCUACAUCCCUGACAAGUGGAAGUGCUUCGAGGCGGUCAAGUGUAUGAUCAAAUACCAAAGCAAAGGAGACACAGAUCGAGAACUCGUCCUCCUCUACAUCACUGAACAAACCUGUCAAUAACACCACCAUCACAGCUAACAAGGUUUCUACCUGUAGAUGGGACCAUCUUACCGG